CUGUCGCUUUCCUUAGUAAAUACGUCACCAGUGUGCGACCUGAAGUUCGUGAAGUCCUCAAAAAUGGCGGAGUCAGACUUGAAAAAGAUUAUUAAGCUGGUUCCAGAGAAUCUUCUCAAGAGGAGGAAGGCUUACCAAGCGAUCAAAGCUACAGAAGCUAAGCUAGCGCUGCAGCAGAAGAGAAAGAUUCAGCGUGGUCGCCCUGUGAAGUUCAAGCGGUUGGAGGAGUUUUUGCAUGAGAGCAAGCAAAAACGCCGAGAUGACAUUCGCUUGAAGUUGGCCAGCCGCAUGAGGCCCCCAGCCCUGCCUCCUGCCAAGAACCGGCUGGCCUUCGUGGUCCGCAUCAAAGAGAUCAAAGGCACCAGUCUUGAAGUCAGGAAAGUUAUCCAGAUGUUUCGUCUGAGGAAGAUUUUCAGUGGCACCUUCGUUAAGAUAAGCAGGACUUCCUUGAGCAUGCUGAAGGCUGUGGAACCCUAUGUGGCCUGGGGAUUCCCCAACCUGAAGUCAGUACGUGAGCUGAUUUUGAAGAGAGGAAAGACCAGGAUUAACAAUAAGGAGACUCCUCUUACAGACAAUGCCAUUAUCGAGGAGCAUUUGGGGAAGUAUGGGAUCAUCUGCCUCGAAGACCUCAUCCAUGAGAUAUUCUCCACUGGGAAGAACUUUAGAGUGGUCAAUAACUACUUGUUGCCGUUCCCACUGUCUGUGGCACGACAUGCAGCGAGGGAUAAGGCUGGCUUGAUGCGUGAUAUAGGGAACUCAGGUGCCAGGGGUGAGGACAUCAACAAGAUCAUCAGACUGCUCAACUGAAGAAGCGGAAUUGUGACAUGUGACAUUGAAACAGCAAAUGCUUUUUUUGAAUUUCAUUUUAUAUCACUAUAGUGAUAGUCUGACAUCUGCAAGAAAAUUUACAGAAAAUAUUUUUAAACUUCAAGAACUGGGUAUUAUUUACCAACAAUGCCAGAGCCCCCAAAAAUGAGGUCAUGAACUCAUUCUGGCUUCUACAUCCAUGAUGGCUUUUCCAGUAUUUCUCUUGGCUGGUUCAGUCAGUGAUGGAAGUGGCUGUUUCAGUGGCUUCCUUGUUGCAUCAGGAAGAGGGUGUCUGGUUUUCCAGACCAGGUAGCAUGACUGGCAUGCGGCUCCCAGGCAGCCUCGGCCGGUUUGACGAGUUCUCAAGUUCUGCGCUCCGUUUUCCUCCAUGAGGAGUGCAGUUAGGAGGGAUAUGUAUACAAGCACAACGGAGGUGCUUAAUGCUUGGAUCUCCUGCAGUUUUCCUCAAGCACAUGUCUGAAGGUCUGAAUGUCCUGGGCAGAAUGCGGGGAGCCGGUAGACCUGCUGAUGUGGAACGUUUUGCAAGGUGUGACCAGAAAGCACCCAAACUGAAGGCAUGUGAAGAGCAGCAGACGUCACUUGUUUGUGAAUCCCAGCCCUCCUGCUCUUUUUUUUUUUUUUUGCAUCGAAGAACCUGACUUCUGAUUGGCUAUUUUUACGACCUCCCACUCUUGGCUUCAGAAGCAAAAAACUUAAAUUCCUGUAUUCUCUAUCAUUUUCUUUCUUAAAACUGUCAAUAAAGAAUUUGAUUAUCCUGCA